UUCGGUAAGGACGAUAAGCCGACGCGCCGGCACGCAAUCCUUUGGAAAUCUUGUGCAAAUUGUCUCCAUCCUUCCUUGUAAACGCUCUCGAAGUGUUUGAGACACGCGACUGCGCCAGUCGGCUUCGCCCGUUUGCGUGAAAGAGAAGAGUGAAAAUGGUCCGCUACUCCUUGGACCCCGAGAACCCCACAAAGUCAUGCAAGUCGAGAGGCUCCAACCUGCGGGUCCACUUCAAGAACACGCGUGAGACCGCCCAGGCCAUCAAAGGCAUGCACAUCCGCAAGGCCAACAAGUACCUGCGGGACGUGGUGGUCAAGCAUCAGUGCGUCCCCUUCCGACGCUAUAACGGCGGCGUGGGCCGCUGCGCUCAGGCCAAGCAAUUCGGCUGGACGCAAGGCCGAUGGCCCAAGAAGAGCGCCGAGUUCCUGCUGCACAUGCUGAAGAACGCAGAGAGCAACGCUGAGCUCAAGGGUCUGGACGUGGACUCGCUGGUGAUCGAGCACAUCCAGGUGAACAAAGCGCCCAAGAUGCGGCGGCGCACGUACCGCGCCCACGGCCGCAUCAACCCCUACAUGAGCUCGCCGUGCCACAUCGAGAUGAUCCUCACCGAGAAGGAACAGAUCGUCCCCAAGCCCGAGGAGGAGGUGGCGCAAAAGAAGAAGGUGUCCCAGAAGAAGCUGAAGAAGCAGAAGUUGAUGUCACGCGAGUAGCUUGCAAUAAAAAGCAAAAACCUUCUUG